AUGCUUAUUGAUGAUGAAUAUUAUCAAAAUUCGAAUUUAAUACCAUUGUGUACAAAUAUGACGAGAAAUAUAUCAAAUAAUAAUGAAACUAAAUUAAAAAUUGCAAAUGAAAAAUUAUUAUCAACACGAAAAAAACUUAAAUUUGGAGUUGAUACAAUUCUUGGAAAUGUUAAUACAUAUUCAGAGAAUGAGUCUUCAUUUGAAUUAGUCAAUGAUUUAGAUGAUGAAUUAACACAUAAAGGUUUAAAUCAUGUUGAAUCACCUAUUUCAUCAAAUUCAUCUAUCAUUUCAAAUGAACAUUUUCCUGUUCAAUCUCCAUUAUUCAAACAAACAUUUUCAAAUUGUACAAAAAUAAAUUCAACUUCUCAUUCUCUUCAUGAAUUGUCUCAAGAAACUACGAAUGAUCAACAAGCAAAUAAUCUUCUUAAAUUACCUACCACUAAUCGAUUUCAUCAUCCUUCGUUUCCAAUUAAUCCAUUGUGGCGUCCAAAUUUUCAACCUUUUGUUGGUAACUAUUUUGGAAAUAAUGAUUCAUCAUUAAUAUUAAAUGCUACAAUGUCGACAAAUGGAUUUUAUAUGCCAUCAGCGCCAUCAAAUAUAUUUUGGCCAUUCGGUUUUCGAAAUAAAAUACGUCCAAGAAUGUUAAAACGUGCUGUAUUUUCUGAUCAACAACGUAAAGGUCUUGAAGUUGCUUUUUUAAAACAUAAAUAUAUAACAAAACCCGAAAGAAAAAAACUGGCUCAACGUCUUAAUUUAAAAGAUUCACAGGUGAAAAUCUGGUUUCAAAAUCGUCGUAUGAAAUGGAGAAAUACAAAAGAACAUGAUUUAUUAACAUCAACAAAUUCCAUUAGUAAUGAUAAAAAUGAUUUAUCAAAUAAUUAUUGUGAUUCUAGAGAAGAAAAACAGGAUAUAAUUACAUAUCAUCCAUCCCUUAAUGAUAAUAAUAAUCAAACAAAUUAUACGAAUAUUAAUGAAAAUAAUCAUUUAAGGAUAGAAUAA